CAAACAGCCGUCAGAAAACUAGCGUCCAAGGUACAAAACAACUAUUGCAACUUAUCAGGACUACGGGCAAAAGCUCUCUUUUAGUCUUUUCUCGACUUUUUGUUGUGAAAUUGUUGGUAAAGGGUUGUUUUUGGGCGCUUUACGCUUUUUUUCUUCGACAGAAUGGAAGAACCACAGCGAGUAUGUGAUCUGUUACCCGAAGAUGUUGCUUCAGAUGACUGCCUGACUUCCUACACUCACAUCUACAGCCCAGACUUACUCAAAGAUCAGGUUGCAUUUAUCACAGGUGGUGGAUCAGGAAUUGGACUACGAAUAGCAGAAAUAUUCAUGAGGCAUGGCUGUGACACGGUGAUUGCCAGCAGGAACAAAGACAAGCUCACAGAGGCGGCGAAAAAGCUGUCUGCUGUUUCAGGACGUCGCUGCCUCCCGUUGUGCUUGGACGUGAGGAAACCUGAGAGUAUUUCUGCGGCUGUAGAUGAGACCCUUAAAGAACUCGGCCGCAUAGACAUUCUUGUUAACAAUGCUGCUGGAAAUUUCCUCUGUCCUGCCACGGCUCUUUCUUUCAACGCCUUCAAGACAGUAAUGGAGAUCGACACCAUGGGAACAUUCAACACUAGCAAAGUUGUAUAUGACAAGUGGUUCAAGGAUCGUGGAGGCAACAUCGUCAACAUCUCAGCAACACUUGGUUACAAGGGACAGGCCCUCCAGGUGCAUGCUGGAUCUGCUAAGGCUGCAAAUGAUGCCAUGACCAAGCACCUGGCUGUGGAGUGGGGACCCAGUGGGGUCAGAGUAAACGCCGUGGCUCCUGGGCCUAUUUCUGGUACCGAGGGAUUCCGCAGACUGGGUGGACCUAAAGGGGAGGCUGCGGGUCUGUUCCAGUCUAUCCCAUUGCAGAGAGCAGGCAACAAGACCGAAAUGGCCCACUGCACUCUUUUCUUAGCCAGCCGGGCCUCAUCGUAUGUAACCGGAGCCAUCCUGGUGGCUGAUGGUGGAUCUUGGCUGACCUCCGCUAAUGAUGUCUCCAGGCUGAUGGGUAUAGCCUCCUCUAAAUCCGCUAAACUCUGAGCAGGGGCUCUCCUGUCCUCCUCCUGACCCAGGUUAUUGGGCGUCCGAAAAGAGAGACAAGUAAAAAUCACCAGAACAAUAACAUAGCUGCAUUGCUGUAACACUACAGCAACAAGUACAGUAUUUGUUUCAGGCUACAGAUUUGUAGGUUGAUACAUAGUAACUGUUAUCAGUUAUACAAUGUGGCAGGAAAUGAAAGUUUUCCAGACACUCAUUCCUGAUGCAAAUAUUGCUAAGAUUUUCAUAAACUAGGAGCACUUUGUAUUUUCAAAUUUCAGUUUUGUCAAUGUGCAUAUUAUGAGCACUUGUGGUAUCACAUUUCAUUUUUAGUCCAACCCAUUAAUAAAACUUUAUUAAUGCAAUUUAAUGCCAUAUUGGAGUAAUAUUCAGUUUUAUCAGCUUUAUCUCAGAGAUCCAUCAAAUGUUCCCUAUGGAAUUUCUUAAUUGAUCUAAAAAAUAUAUAGGGCGGAAAACACCGAGGUGACUCUAAGUUCGCCUCUGAGACCCCCAAUUUGGCCAAAUUUCAAGUUUGUCCUAGAUGCAUGUGUGAUACAUCAUUGAAAAGCUUAAAAUCUCAAUUUUCUGGGGGAAGGACAUUUUUAAACAUGAGGGCAUUCAUUUUUUUUUUUUUUUUUUUUUUUUUUUAACCCCUAAACCUAACUCGAGGUGAGAGCAUGAGAGACAUAAUUAAAGACACCAUGAUUUUAACGAGAUAUUAUCGCAUACUUACCUUUUUUCGAUCCAAAAACUCAAUGUAGCAUGUCUCACCGAGUGUCAAGACUUUUGGGGGAUUUUUGGGGGGAACACAGUAAUACAACAAGGGUCGCAAUGGAGAAAUCUCAGACAUCAAGGAGUGGUCGAGAUUUUCUUUUUCAAAUAUUUACCCUUUAAAAUGUUUUUUUUUUUUUUUUCUUUUUCCUUGUUUGGUUCGAUUAUCAUCUAAAAUAUCGGGGAAAAUGGGACAGUAACAACAAAACAAUUAAGCGAUAGUUAUGAGGUAGAUAUCUGUGACCUAUUUACACAAUUGUUUUUCAUUUUCACGUAAUUUGUUUAAAAGUUAGAAAUAUGCGAGUGAAUAAUUUUAUAAAGUUUUUAUUUUUAGACUAAAUCUAAGCUAAAAAUCAUAGACGUUUCGAAUUGUAAAUUACCUUGUUUUUGUGGCUGGGUUGAAACAAUAGCGGUUGUGCGGUGUCUGUAAACACGGGUCUCCAGGGUAAAAUGGACAAAUUAAAAAUAGUUUGGUAGCUUAAUGCGCCAUGAAACUGCUAUGGCAGCAUAUAAACAUAUUGUUCUAUCAAACACAACAGUUCUUUUGGCUUAAAAUACAGCAGUCAAUUUUAAAGAGGGAUGCAAGAGCAGAAACUGCUUUUUCAGACGUGUCUGUGUUUUCCGCCUUACUA